CCAGCGCAGGCCGCAGAGCCGGGGGGCUGCUGGGCGCCGAGACCCCGCGCCGGGGUCGUCCGCACCCGCUGGGACCCAGGUGAAUGUUGCAGGUUAAGGUAUCUCUUCCAUAGCCUUUCUCGAGGUCGAAGAGUUGGAAGAGCACUCCUCCAAUUCCCAGACUCCUCCCCCGUGUCUCUGGAGGGCCAUCGGUGAAAAGCACUAUAGUGGUGGUCAUUUUCUCCCAAGGAAAACUAAUACCUGCCCCUUCUCCAAGGGCAAGGUGCCCUCUGCUAUGGAUACCGAAUCUACGUAUUCUGGAUAUUCUUAUUAUUCAAGUCACUCCAAGAAAUCUCACAGACCAGGGGAGAGAAAUAGAGAGAGACAUAAAUCCCCCCGAAGUAAAGAUGGCAGCCGUUCAGAAAAAUCUGUUACCAUUCAGGCCCCUCCAGCAGAACCACUGUUGGGGAAUGACUCGACCCGAGCAGAGGAGGUACAGGAUGACAACUGGGGAGAAACCACCACAGCCAUCACUGGCACCUCGGAACACAGCAUCUCCCAGGAGGACAUUGCGAGGAUCAGCAAAGACAUGGAGGACAGUGUCGGACUGGAUUGCAAACGCUACCUUGGCUUGACAGUGGCCGCAGUCUUGGGUCUUCUUGUUUUCCUCACCCCCAUUGCUUUCAUUCUCUUACCCCCAAUUCUAUGGCGAGAUGAGCUGGAACCAUGUGGCACAAUAUGUGAGGGGCUCUUCAUCUCGGUGGCGUUUAAACUCCUCAUCCUUCUCAUUGGGACCUGGGCCCUCUUUUUCCGUCAUCAGACUGUGGAAAUGCCUCGGAUCUUUGUGUUCCGGGCCCUCUUACUGGUCCUCAUUUUUCUGUUUGUGGUUUCCUAUUGGCUUUUCUAUGGUGUCCGCAUCCUGGACUCUAGGGACCGAAAUUACCAGGGCAUCGUGCAAUAUGCGGUCUCCCUUGUGGAUGCCCUUCUCUUCAUCCAUUAUCUAGCAAUCGUGCUGCUAGAGCUCCGGCAGCUCCAGCCCAUGUUCACACUGAAAGUGGUCCGGUCAACUGAUGGCGAGUCACGCUUUUACAGUUUGGGAAACUUGAGCAUACAGCGAGCAGCAUUGGUAGUUCUGGAAAAUUACUACAAAGAUUUCACCAUCUAUAACCCAACCCUCUUAACAGCCUCCAAAUCUCGAGCAGCUAAGCACAUGGCUGGCCUAAAAGUCUACAAUGUAGAUGCUGCCCUUAUGGCCAAACUGAAACUUUAUAUAACGGAUGGCCCAGGGAACAAUGCUGCAGGCCAGUCUCGGGCUAUGAUAGCAGCUGCUGCUCGACGCAGAGAUUCUAGCCACAAUGAAUUAUAUUAUGAAGAAGCAGAACAUGAACGUCGAGUAAAGAAACGAAGAGCCAGGCUGGUGGUCGCAGUGGAGGAGGCCUUCGUUCAUAUCCGCCGUCUCCAGGCAGAAGAGCAGCAGAAGGUCCCUGGAGAAGUGAUGGACCCCAGAGAGGCAGCCCAAGCCAUCUUCCCGUCCAUGGCCCGGGCCCUGCAGAAGUACCUGCGUACCACCCGGCAGCAGCAUUAUCACACCAUGGAGAGCAUCCUGCAGCACCUGGCCUUCUGCAUCACCAACAACAUGACCCCCAAGGCAUUCCUUGAACGUUACCUCAAUGCCGGCCCAACCCUUCAGUAUGACAAGGAUCGAUGGUUCUCUAAGCAAUGGACACUCGUUAGCGAAGAAGCUGUCACGAAUGGACUGAGGGAUGGAGUUGUUUUUGUACUUAAGUGCUUGGACUUCAGCCUUGUAAUUAAUGUGAAGAAAAUCCCAUUCAUCGUGCUUUCAGAAGAGUUCAUAGACCCCAAAUCUCAUAAAUUUGUCCUUCGCUUACAAUCUGAGACAUCAGUUUAAAGGUUUUAUAUUUGUUGCUUUUAAAUAUAUAUAUAUAUUAUAUUGUG